UAUAUAAUAUAUAUAAGCCACGCAGCUCUGGAGUUUGACCAUAAGAAUUGUGCCAAAUACCGCGGAUAGAUUACGCAGUUGAAGUUCAGUUCCCCUCCAGGGAUAUCCGCUCGUAGUGACAUGUAAUUUUCGUUACCGACAAAAACAAUCCAUCAUAUGUAUGCACAUCUCAAAUUAUUAUUUAAUUAUAUUAAAUUAAACAUCAUGAAUUUAUUGGAAAAUAUAUAAAUGUUAUAUAUAAUAAAAGAAAGUUUACAAUUCAAAAAAAGGACAAGAUGACAGACAUAAACAAAUUAUCUCGCUGGUAUUUUGGCGGAUUUGCUUCUGCUGGUGCUGCAUGUGUUACACAUCCAUUAGAUUUGCUCAAGGUACAUAUGCAAACUCAACAAGAUGGUAAAAUAUCUGCAAUACAUUCUACUAUUACAAUAAUAAAAAGGGAAGGUAUUUCGGCUUUAUAUAAUGGUCUUACUGCAUCUUUACUUCGUCAACUUACAUAUUCUACGACAAGAUUUGGAGCUUAUGAGAUAGGUAAACAGGCAUUAGAGACACCUGGGAAUCCUACGCCAUUUUAUCAAAAGCUGCUUUUGGCUGGAUGUGCAGGUGCUGCUGGUGGAAUCGUGGGUACUCCAGGAGAUUUGAUUAAUGUGCGUAUGCAAAAUGACAUUAAGUUAGCGCCAAAUCUUAGAAGAAAUUACAAACAUGCUAUAAAUGGAUUAAAUCGAGUGAUUCAAGAAGAAGGUGUAAAACAGCUAUUUAGUGGUUGUUCUACUGCAACUGGGAGAGCAAUACUAAUGACCAUAGGACAAUUGAGCUUUUAUGAUCAGAUUAAAAUGAUUUUAUUAGCAAGUGGUUACUUUACAGAUAAUCCUACCACCCACAUAAUUUCAAGCGUAUGCGCAGGUGCUGUAGCUACAACAUUAACACAACCACUGGAUGUCUUAAAAACGCGUGCAAUGAAUGCCAAGAUCGGAGAAUUCAAGAAUUUUGCAGAUCUCUUUUUAUAUACUGCCAAACUUGGACCACUGGCUUUUUUUAAGGGCUAUGUACCAGCAUUCAUACGAUUAGCUCCUCAAACAGUUCUCACCUUUCUCUUUCUUGAACAACUCAGGAUCUAUUUUGGUAUUCCAGUACCAGCUGAGAAACCAACUCAAUGAAAUAUUUAUUUUUUUUUGAUAUUAACUUAACUUGGGAACUAUUAUCCAUCCGUUAUAUCGCACACAAUAGUAUAGGUUUAUCGUUAAUUUGUAUAAGCUGCCAAUUUUAUUCUGCAUGUCUAUAUCUUGAUUACUAUAUUAAUGCAUACAAUCAUUUUACAAACACUUUACAUAACAUAUUCGUAUUAUUUUUAAUAUGAUUAUUUAUGCUAUUGAAAUCAGAAAAAGAAUUAUUUAGGUAUGUGCAAAUUUUUGUUAACAAAAUAAGUUUAAAAGUAUUCUCAAUCAUACAUUCCUUGUAAAUAUUAUUGAUUGUUAUUUAUAUGCAGGCAUAUACGUGUAUACAAAACGAUGCACAUAUGUAUUUAUAUUAACGUUUAUAUGUACGCAACAAAUUGUUUUACUUAUGUUAGUAAUAAUAUUCGAAAUACUUGUCUUACUAUAGCAGGACUAUGUAAGACUGGAAUAUUUUAAUUAUCAAUUAAGCGUACAAAACACACUAUUGCCAUUAUAAUACAUAAAUAGUAAAGUGACUGGGAAUGUUUAGAGUCUAUUUCAAUAGUUAUAUUUUUUUAAUAAAUAUUUGCAACACACAUCUAAAAAAUCUUUCGUUGCUCGAAAGUGGAUAUAUUUUGAGAUCGAAAUAUUGAUUCUAUUUUCAGUGUACGCAUUGUAAUCACCAAUAUACGUGUAUAUUUGUUAUGUUUACAAAAAGAAUUAAUUAUAACAAAAUAA